GUUGAGCUCAUCGCGGUCAAUUGGCCCAUCCUCGUUCGUCUUCUUCCAACCUGCGGGCCGUGCCUGAGCUAUCAUUGCUCUCUCUCAGCGGCUCGGGGCACCUCAGCAAGACCCGAUUCUCUUUCUUUUCUUCUCGACACAAUGAACGAGUCAGGCCCAUCAACACCUCGCUCCUCAGCAAGAGCAGCAGCGACACCACGCCGCCGCUCCAGACGGACGACGCUUGUCACCACCCUCAUUGUCCUCGUGCUUUGCGCUCUUUUCCCACUCUCACAAGCGUCACAAGGAGAUCGGUCACCUGAGUACAGGCACUGCGUCUCUUCAUGUACGGCAGACGUAUGCGGGCCGCUUCCUCACGAGGUCAUGGCACCAGAUGGCGAUGGCACAGUAGUCCCGAGUAAGCUACCCUUCGUCCUGCGCUUGACAGCCUGGACAUGUCCAGACGAUUGUGCGUACCACUGCACGCAUCGCGUCACCAACGAUGCGUUUGGAAGGGUCAAGGACAUCAAGGAUGAGGCAAAGAGUAGUGUCUGGGCAGAGGUGCAGAGCGCAAUUGCGUCGGGAGGCAGGGGCGCGAGCAGGAAGGAGAUCAAUGAGAGGAUUCAGGCAAGGAUCAAGGCGGCUAUUGAUACCUUGACACCGGUGCAAAAGCAGAUGGUGCAGUACCACGGCAAGUGGGUCUUCAUCCGCGUUCUCGGCACGCAGGAGCCGCUUAGCGUGCUGUUCAGCCUGAUGAAUUUGGCAGUCCAUGUCAAGUACAUCCCGAUCCUCAGCAAGAAGCUGCCAGACGUCUUCCCUCUGAAGCUGGUCUACCUCGCCCACGCCUUCAUUAGCUGCAACGCCUGGACUUGGUCAGCCAUCUUCCACGCGCGGGACAAAUCGUUCACGGAGCGCAUGGACUACUUCUCAGCAGGGGCGGCCAUCCUCUCUGGCUUCUUCUUCACUAUUGCUCGCCUCUUCCGUAUGGCACCGCAGGACCCACGCUUCUCCCUCUCACUCAAGGUAUGCGGAGCAGCACUGGCGCUCCAUAUUCUCUACCUUUCGCUGGCGUCGCGCUUCGACUACUCGUACAACAUGACCGUCAACGUGCUCCUAGCACUUGGGCAUAACUUGCUCUGGCUGGCGUAUUCGCUCGUACCUGGCUUCUUCCCGGACGGGUCGAGGGACCCCUAUUACGCUACCCGCGCGGCAUUACGAGCUCACAAGCCUGGCUCAGGCCUCACAACGCCCAACGGCGGCUCACCGCCGGCCCCCGUCUCGUCAAAGGUGCAACUCCCCUCGACAUCGAAGAAGGCACGCAGGCGGCUUCGCCUCAUCGUUCUCCUCCUGACCCUCGCCGCCUGCCUCGAGAUCCUCGACUUCCCGCCUCUGCUCCGCGCCCUCGACGCUCACGCCCUGUGGCACCUGGCCACCGUCCCGAUAGCGGCAAUGUGGUACGAUUGGAUCAUUGAGGAUGCACAGGAGUGCGUGAGCAACGCCUUUUGGAUUGGGGAGCCAUUGAGGGAGGAGGUGCUGGCUGGCCCAUGGUUGGGUGCGUUGCAGAAGGCGAGAGCUUGGGCGAGACAGACUGCUGGCCCCAUCGGGGCUAAUAUCCAGCGGACUUCGAGGAGGGCAGCGGGCAAUAUUGAGCUGACGGCCCUCACUGAUAGCCUGACGGCGCUGGCCAAUCGGGCCGGCUUCUCUUCAGGAGUCAGUGCGAAUGGUGGUGGAGGUCUUGCUGGCGGGUCGUCGAGCUCAUUCUCGCAUAGUGGUGGUGAGAAUGGGUCCGGUGGGCAUCACCAUCAUCAUGAGCGGGGAAAGGGCGCUGAGAAGAAGAGCGACGAGCUGUCAGAACGCAUGGGCGUCUAAUCGGACAGGAGGAGUCGGGACGAAAUUUGGAUAGCGGACCCACUC